AUGUCAAUAGGCGUUCGCAAGGCUGUCAAGGAUGACUCUGAAAAUGAUGCAAUGAUACCCCACCGUAUGCAUGCAGAUGGUAUUGUCGACAUGGCUAUCGUCGCCCCAGAAUCAGCAGCUGGCAAAAAGAGUGGAAGCGAUGAAAGUGAUGAAAAUGAUAUGAAUGACGAUUUCGUGUUGAUGCCACCACCAACCACGACAGACGAUAGCUUGGUAUUCCCACCCACCGUCGAAGCCAGAGUGGCACAACUUGAACGAGACGUGGAAUUGCUUAAGAGUAGCCAGCAGCAUAUCGCACCCAACCUCACAACCCUCAAUAGCGAGCUGGAUAACAUCAAAACUGCGAUAACUCUACUCAGGAGAGACGUGAGCAAUUGUGCGGAACAGCGCACGCGCACGCUCGAGAAAGAAUUGCUUGAUCCAACCAAAGCUGAAUUAUCCUUGCUCAAAGAGAAAAUACGCUGGUUGGAAGAUAGCAAAGCUGCUGCGAUAAAGCCUGAUGAUGCAAUUGACCGGCACAUUCCCAGGCCAGUUCCAAAAUCAACACCAGCCUCGGGAAAAGGCGGUAGCAGAUUCUCUCUUAAUGACGCUGUCAUGAUCGGUUUCCUUAUGCUAUUGGAUGACUUUAGGAUUUCUCAACACUCAAAGCUAGUUCCUUCUUCCAUCGGAGAACCAGGCGUCGAAUUCGAUUACCCGAUAUCUGAUGAGCUCAGUAUAAAGAUAACUAUACCACGACCUGAGCAUGAGAAGAUAUUUGCGCAUCGACAGUGGAAAGGUGGUUUACACACAGCGGAUCGCUUGCUGAACGGUGAAAUCAGCAUAGACAACAAGGUAGUAUUAGAGGUCGGUGCAGGUACUGGCUUAUCAGGGAUAGUAGCAGGAUGUAUACAUCGACCUGCAUCCUUUGUCCUAGUCACUGACUACGACGAUCCAAAUCUUAUAUCCAAUCUACGCAAAAAUGUACAAGAUAACAACAAAAACGGUGUUUGCAAAGUACUGCCUCAUUGCUGGGGGAAGGAUGUCGAUGACUUGAGGUCGCUGAGCAAGACAAAAGAUGGAUUUGAUGUCAUACUCGCAGCUGAUGUUAUCUGGGACUCCUUUUCUCAUGCGAGUCUAAUAGAAACUCUGCUACAGUCCUUGAAAAAGAGCGAUUCAUCGAGAGUCGUUCUCGUUGCUGGCUACCACACAGGCAGACACGUCGUACAGGCCUUCCUCCGCAGAGCGAGAUCAAAAGGAUUAGUCCCAGACGACAAUGAGAUUAUGGAGUUUGCGAGAGGAUCAUUUAGCAAAUCCUACACAGAUUUGGACUUUGACUUGUUGGACGGGCUGGAAGAUAUCGACACACACCGAGAAGAGAGGCAAAAGACAACAAUCGAAUGUAGGCUGAAGUUGGCGGGUUAG